UAAUUGAUUUUUUUUAUAUAAGUUAAGUAUAGUUAUUAAAAAAAAAUAAUAAUGACAAAAAAGCUAACAGUGCUGAUGACACCGGCCAACUUUGUCGGUCCAAUAAUGUCCAGUAUCGGUAUUGGCGAAGUAUUACGCGACAGUGGCCAUCGAGUAGUGUUUGCCGUACGGGCCAGUUGGCGACCAAAACUCCAGGCACUGGGCUUUGUAGUGGAACUGUUAGGCGGAGAACAGGAGGUUGUCAAAGAUACUGUCGAAGAUAGUUUGGAACUGAUUAAGAAUAUGAUAAGCAAUCGGACGCCACUUGAAAAAGGUUUGAAUACGUUUACAACUGAAAUGAUGGCCGACUUGAUAGCCAUUGGCGAAGCCGAUGAACCCUACUAUCGGCAAAUCAUUGAUCGCCACAAACCCGAUGCCAUCAUUUCGGAUAAUGUGAUAAAUAUGCCGUCGGUUGUCAACUCUGGUAGCGUAUGGAUAAUGUCAAACAGUAAUAAUCCGUUAUCGCUAGACAUGUGUCUGGAGGACAACCGGUUGCCGCCAUCGCUAUUGGGUCUGCCUAUCAAUGAUAAGAGUCUAUGGGAUGACUAUCGACGACAAAUCAAUGAAACCAGAUUUCAAGCGUUCAAAGUCUGGGCCGAUUGGCUUCAAUCGCAUGGAUGUCCGGCACCGGCUGCUAAUCAGCUAUGGUUUCCGUCUCCGUACGCAAACUUUUAUUUAAUACCCAAAGAGCUGGACUACACUGACAUUAGGCCACUGCCCGACAACUUCUAUCAGUUUGAUUACUAUAAGCGUACGGCCAAUGAGGACGUGUUUGAAAUACCGGAACAGUUGAGACAGAAAUCAGGAAAAUUAAUAUAUCUUUCGUUGGGAUCGAUGGGCAGCGCAGACGUCGACCUAAUGAAACGUUUAGUUGCUAUGUUAGCCAACAGUGAGCACAGGUUUAUUGUGUCCAAAGGUGUCAAUCACGACAAGUAUGAGUUGGCGGACAACAUGUGGGGCGAAAGGUUUGUACCACAGGUAAAGGUGCUGUCAAUUGUCGACCUAUUUCUAACACACGGCGGCAAUAACUCUAUUACCGAAUGUAUGUAUUUCGGUAAACCUAUGUUAGUGUUCCCAUUGUUUUUCGAUCAGUUCGAUAACGCACAGAGAGUUGAGGACAAGGGUUACGGUAUACGACUCAAUCCAUACGAGUGCUCUGAACAACAAUUAUUGCAAUCAAUUGAUAAGAUAUUAAAUGACAAUAAAUUGAUUGAAAAGUUACGACAAGUUUCUCAAAGAAUACAAACUGAGAAACUAAUUGAAAAAAUACCGGAAAUAAUUGAUAGAUUAGUUAAACAGAAAUCAAAAUAA